AUGAUUGCCAUGACAGGAGAAUCUGGUGUGGGCUCCAACCUGGGCAAAGCAUGUCUUGAAAUGGACAAAGAUGGAUCCCUUAUUACCAGCUUUGUCGCUGCUGAUGGCUUCGUUGUGUUGGAGGCAAACCUGUGGGCUGGUUUUGACAUCGAAGAACUUUUGGAUGUGCAAGGAAAUGUUGACAAGUCCAAGUUUUCAGUCAGUAGUUCUGAGCUGGCAGCAGAAGAUGCGCCAACACUUGCCAUGAAGCUUUCUUCAGGCCACUUGUGUGAUGCAAUGGAUUCAUAUCACAUGGCCUUUGUUGGGGAGCUUGUGGUAGCUGAACUUGAAGAAGAUACUGGCGACACGGUUACAGGAACCGAGCAAACAGUGCACAUUCAGGAUGGUGUGGAGGAUGACUACCUGUCUUUGUCUUUGAGCGUUGACUGUAUGUGCCAAGUCGAGACACCUGAAACUUGUCUGAAGGUCCCCGAUGGCAAGCAAGCAAAUGAAGAAGGAAAGGUUUGCUAUGAUGUCAUGACAGACACUUCAGCUCCUGAUGGUGGAUCUGUCACUGGAAAGGCUUGUCUUGAGGUGAAUGAUGAUGGUGACCUUGGUGUUACCUUCACAACAUCAGAUGGAGUCGAGCUGUUGGAAACACAUUUGUGGGUCGGCGAGGAUGUUGAGGAUCUACUAGACGAAAGUGGUGACGUGGACAAGACCAAGUUCACAACAUCAACUUCUGAUCUUGGUGGCAUUGAUCACAUCACGUUGACUACCGUCCUUUCCUCGGGAAUCCAAUGUGUUGAGGCUGAUUCAUACACGAUGGCAUUGGUUGGCCAGGUGGUUGUUGAGUCUGAUGAUGGAACUCAAGAGGUUGCCUAUAUCAUUGAGAGCCCCGAUUCAGACCACUUGUCUAUGUCAUUCACCGUUGAGUGCAUGUGCCAGCCAGAAACUCCAGACACCUGUCUGAAGGUUAGCGGUGGAAAACAACCUGAUGAAGAUGGAGAGAUUUGCUAUGAUGUCUUGAGUGACACUUCUGCCCCAGGUGGUGGAUCACUUGUAGGAACAGCUUGUGUCAAAGUCAGUGAUGAGGGUGAUAUUGAUGUUACUUUCAAGGCCACUGGGCUCCUGGAAACAUCUUUGUGGGUUGGUGAAGACUUGACUGAUCUCAUCGACGAUGAUGGAGAGGUUGAUACUUCCAAGUUCACAACGACGAGUACUGAAUUAGGAGGCACUGAUGAGUUCUCUUUAUCCAGUGUGCUUUCUCCUGAAUCUCAAUGUGAAGGAGCUGAUGAAUACACAAUGACGCUUGUUGGACAAGUUGUGGUCUCUGGUGAUGAUGGAACACAAACCGUUGCUUACAUCCAUGACAGCACAAGCCAGGGCCUGGAUCAGAUCUCAAUGACCUUGACUGUGGACUGUAUGUGUAAGCACACUGGAGAGUACAGAUGUGAAGACACAUGGGCUUACCACAAGACCUCGCAUUUGUGUGCUGCUGAUGAACUUGGCUACAGCUAUGGUGGCUGGUCAAAUGGAAAGUAUGGCAUGUCCGGCUGUGAACCUUGUGACUGUCCGGUUUGCGAUUCGUUGCCAUCUGCACCUUCGAAGUCGCCAACUGCGCCAACUGACAGACAGGCACCAACACCCGCCUACAUCCCUGACAAGCCCUCCCCUGUUUCAUUCCCUCCAGUCAACCUUCCCCAGAAAUGUGUUGGCUAUGUGGGCAAGUGGUCUGGUGAUCCUCACAUGAAGACAUUUGAUGGCCUGAAAUAUGACUGUCAAGGAGCUGGUGAAUUCCACGUCCUGAAGUCCUUGAAUUCCACCUUUGAGUUGCAAGCCCGAUUUGAAAAGUUCAACAGAGAAUGGAAGAAGAAUCGACCACAACCAACUGUCACAACCAGUGUUGCAUUUGACACUGGCGAUGGCGAACCUCUAAUUCAAGUAUCAGUACCCGAGACCAGCGAGAAUGGCUGCACACCAUUUGUUUACGUGAAUGGAAUUCUGAAAGAUGCUUCGGAGCUGGCUGCAUUAGAGGAUGAUUUCGUGCAGGUGAAGGAGGUGCACAAGAAGAACACAGAUGGUUUCAUCUUUUACUACCUUAACUCAAAGGUGCAGCUCACAACUAUGGCCAAGAAGUCAUCCAAGAAUGGAUGUGUGCUGUCAUCCAAGAUCUGUCUUCCCUAUGACUAUGAACGCACCACCAAGGAGACGUUCGUUGGUUUGCUUGGUACCCCCAACAAAGACAAGUCCGAUGACUGGAUGACCAAUGUUGGCACACCAGUGUCUAUCCCUACCAAAAAGAAGGAUUUGAGGUUUGGACCUGCAUACGAAUACUGUACAAAGAAUUGGUGCAUUCGAAAUGAAACCGUUGCCAUGUUUGAGUAUCCUUCUGGCAAGAAAUUCUCGGAUUACUCCUAUUGUGACCAAGAUCCUGACACAGAAACUGAGUCUUGUGUGACAGACCCCCCUGCCAUGUUGCGUCGUAUUUGUGGAUCUGAAAAUGAUGCCUGUUUAGUGGAUGGAUGCGUCGGAACUGCGGAAGACGCCAAGAGGUACAUUGAAACACAGUGGGACCUUGUGGAUAAAACUUGUGGGGAGGAGGUUGAGUCUGAAGAUUUUGAGGGCGAUGAUGCCAAUAGUUGGGGCGAGAUCCGGGGCACAGGCGACCAGAACAAGCUUUUGUAUCUACACCAAGGCAACUCGUCUAUGUUGAGGACUUUCAAUGUGUCGAAAGACUCUGAAUUUGUCAGUAUUGACUUUUACUUCUAUGAAUUCGGCGACUGGGACAAGUCUGGUGACAAGAAGGACUAUGUUUAUUUGAACAUUUGUGGCACGAAGAUUGACAUCCAGAGCUUCAACCACAAUAAUGACGCCUUUGAUGACUUUGUACACGACACUGUUGAUGGAAUCUCCUACGUGAGAGAGGCAAUUUCCAAAUCUGGCAAUCUCGGAUUUAGCAGCACAGAUCAAAUGCACAAGAUUUCGAUCCAUGUCCCCAGUGACCUCUACCAAGAUGGCAAGCUAACGUUUGGCCUAGAGGUUGACAUGACGGGCAGUAAGCGACACGAAAGUGCUGGCAUUGACGACCUUGUCAUCAUGGAAUAUUUGGACAACUGUGAUCACGUAGACAAGGCCGACAAGAGCUGCGUGGAACAAGUGGUGAAGGAAGAAUUUGGUGAGGGCAUUGAUGGCUGGGUACCAGCCCUGCAGGAUAUGCUGCCUGAGAGCCAAAAGCCAUUCCUUGGUCGCCUCUACCGGGACAGUGGACCGGUUGAGAAGCAAUUUGAUGUUCCGGCGUAUGCAGAUUCUGUGACAAUGGACUUCCUUCUCUACGAGAUAGAUGACUGGUCUGUCAAGUGUGACAGCGAGGAUACUGAUUCUGAGGACGAUGAAGACGACAAGGAUGACCAAACGAGGAGACGACUUGAACAAGGCAAGAGCAAGAAGACCAAGACCAAGAAUGGAAAGGUCGUUGUUUGCCACAGGACUUCAAGCAGAAAGAACCCAUAUGUUAACAUCACAGUGUCCGAAUCCGCUGUUAGCUCUUACUUGAGGAAAAAUGGUGAUGUCUUGCCGGGUUAUAUUCUUCCAGGACAUGGAGGUCGCAUGUACCUCGAUAAUCACUGCAAGAUUGUUGUGGGCCCACCCAAGGAGGUGAGCGUCAGAGGUGACAAGAGCCCCCAAGUUCAAGGUGGUUGCUACAAGAACAAGUUUGUGAUCACAAUCGGAGGUGAAAAGUUCGAUCUGGGUAACCUUGAAGGUGACAAUACAAGGAGUGGUGUCGCUGGAGAAAUCAGAUGGGAGAGACAAGCAAGAUCGGUUGAAAAUCACUUUGGUUUCAACGACAAGUACAAGGACCAGAUGCACAAGGUCAUCAUUACUGUUCCUUCUAAGUACUUUGAAACAGAUCACAAACUGACUGUUGCUUUUGAUGUGGACACUACGAAAGACCUGGAUGAAAUCAGCGCUGGAAUUGAUGAAUUCCGCAUGACUGCCCAUGGAAGCAAUUGCGCAGAUGGAAGGAAAUCUGAUGCAGCAAGGGCACUCCAUGCACGUGAGAUCAGUGACAGGUGGGACCGAGCCCUGGAUGAAUCUACUGAAUGCAACUGCCUCUGCCCUGAUGACUCCUCAGUUGUGGGAGGUGGAUCGCUUGCUGCUCCAUUGGAGUUGGACUUGUUUGUUUCGCCUGAUCAAGGGCCCCCUGCCAAUGGACAGCCUCGGUAA